UCGGCGCGCAGGGGCGGAAGAUGGCGGUCCGGUGGGCGGUUGACUGUUGAUCCACGGCAGAGGGGCCGCGGAGUGGGUCGCGCGGGAGGUGCCUCAGGCUCGCGGCCGGCCUCCCGGCCGCCUCCCCGCACUCCCCCGUCGGCCGGCGGAGCCCCCGGCCGGGGCCGGUCCGGCCGCCGGCGCCGCCGCCGCCAUGUCCCUGCUGCAGUCGGCGCUGGACUUCCUGGCCGGUCCGGGGUCCCUGGGUGGGGCCGCCAGCCGCGACCACACCGACUUCGUGGGGCAGACGGUGGAACUGGGCGACCUGAGGCUGCGGAUCAAGAGGGUCAUCGCCGAGGGUGGGUUUGCUUUUGUAUAUGAAGCUCAAGAUCUUGGAAGCGGUAAAGAUUAUGCUUUAAAGAGGCUGCUGUCCAAUGAAGAGGAAAAGAACAAAGCAAUCAUUCAAGAAGUUUGUUUUAUGAAAAAACUUUCUGGGCAUCCUAACAUUGUCCAGUUCUGCUCUGCUGCAUCAAUAGGAAAAGAAGAAUCUGAUACUGGACAAGCUGAGUUUCUUCUGCUCACUGAACUCUGCAGAGGACAGCUGGUGGAAUUCUUAAAGAAAGUUGAAUCCAAAGGUCCUCUCUCCUGUGACACGGUUUUGAAGAUAUUUUAUCAGACAUGCAGAGCAGUACAACAUAUGCAUAAACAGAAGCCCCCUAUAAUCCAUCGGGAUCUCAAGGUUGAAAAUAUGCUGAUUAGUAACCAAGGAACAAUUAAACUAUGUGAUUUUGGCAGUGCUACAACCGUGUCACAUUAUCCUGACUACAACUGGACUGCUCAGAAGAGAGCAAUGGUUGAAGAAGAGAUCACAAGGAAUACAACACCGAUGUACAGGACGCCAGAAAUAAUAGACUUAUACUCAAACUUUCCAAUUGGUGAAAAGCAAGAUAUCUGGGCCUUGGGCUGUAUCCUAUACCUGUUGUGCUUCAGGCAGCAUCCUUUUGAAGAUGGAGCAAAACUUCGGAUAGUUAAUGGAAAAUAUUCAAUUCCACCAAAUGACACAAGAUACACAGUUUUUCAUGAUCUCAUUCGCUCCACAUUGAAGGUGAACCCAGAAGAAAGGUUGUCAAUCACAGAACUUGUGAAUCAGCUACAAGAGAUAGCAGCUGCUAGAAAUGUGAAUCCAAAGUCACCUAUCACAGAGAGCACUGAAAGAUUGAUAGUGUUGAAACAUCUCAAAACAUCUCAGCUUCUGGAACACAAUGGCGGUUAUGGAAAUAACAUGCAACAUAGAGGUUCUCUCAAUUUAGUGCCACAAAAUACUAAGGCCGUGGGGCAGCUCAGCAAUGUGUACAGUGGAGGCAUGACAGUUGCAGAGUGUGAUCAGUCCUAUAGCGGUUUCUUUGACAUACUUAGAGGAGGAACAGAACGAUUUUUUACUAACAUCAAAGAUACUUCUUCCAAAGUUAUUCAAUCUGUUGCUAAUUAUGCUAAAGGAGAUUUGGAUAUUUCAUACAUCACAUCCAGAAUUGCUGUGAUGUCAUUUCCGGCAGAAGGUGUAGAAUCAGCUCUCAAAAAUAACAUAGAAGAUGUGAGGUUGUUUUUAGACUCUAAGCAUCCUGGGCAUUAUGCUGUUUACAAUCUCUCCCCAAGAACAUACAGGCCUUCUAGAUUUCAUAAUCGGGUUUCAGAAUGUGGUUGGCCAGCAAGACGUGCACCAAACCUUCAAAACCUUUAUAAUAUCUGCAAGAAUAUGCAUUUAUGGCUAAAACAAGAUCACAAAAAUGUUUGCAUUGUGCAUUGCAUUGAUGGAAGAGCAGCAUCAGCAGUUGUUGUUUGCUCCUUUUUAUGUUUCUGUCGUCUUUUCACCACUGCUGAGGCUGCAGUUUAUAUGUUUAGUAUGAAGCGCUGUCCACCUGGCAUCUGGCCAUCUCAUAAAAGGUAUAUAGAGUACAUGUGUGACAUGAUGGCAGAAGAGCCUAUUAUCCCUCAUAGUAAACCAAUCCUUAUUAAAGCAGUGGUGAUGACACCAGUGCCCCUGUUCAGCAAGCAGAGAAAUGGCUGUAGACCCUUUUGUGAAGUCUAUGUGGGAGAUGAACGAGUAACCACUACAUCUCAGGAGUAUGAUAAAAUGAAGGAUUUUAAAACUGAGGAUGGAAAAGCAGUCAUUCCAUUAGGCAUAACAGUCCAAGGUGAUGUACUCAUUGUAAUUUAUCAUGCAAGAUCGACUCUAGGAGGAAGAUUGCAAGCUAAGAUGGCUUCAAUGAAGAUGUUUCAGAUUCAGUUCCACACAGGCUUUGUGCCCCGAAAUGCUACAACUGUGAAGUUUGCCAAGUAUGAUCUGGAUGCAUGUGACAUUCAAGAGAAAUAUCCUGAUUUAUUUCAAGUGAAUCUUGAAGUAGAAGUGGAACCUAGAGACAGGCCAAGUCUUGAGACGCCACCAUGGGAUAACUUAAAUAUGAAGGGACUGAAUCCAAAAAUUCUGUUUUCCAGCCGAGAGGAGCAGCAAGACAUUUUGUCUAAAUUUGGUAAACCAGAACUUCCUAGACAGCCUGGAUCCACGGCCCAGUAUGAGGCAGAAGCUUCCCAGCAGUCCCCUGAAAGUGUGCUCACAGAGUCAGAUUCUCCACAGAGUAACAGCACCGACACAAACAACUUUUUUCAUACAUUGGACUGGCAAGAAGGAAAAGUAUCAGAAUCUGGAGUAGAAAAUAACUUUCUUAAAGAAAACCAUUUUGCCCUGAAUGAAGACAGGGAUGGAAGUGAGUUGUCUGAUGAAGAUCCUUCUACUUUCCCUGGUGAGAACAAAGUAAUUAAUGUUGAAGAAGAAACGUCAAGUGCCCCUGAAAAAGUAGAAGAUGAAAAUUUACUUUUCGAUACAGAUUAUGAAUCCUCAGCCCAGCUGCAAGAGUCACAGCAAGAAGACAGUGUUGAUUUGCUAGGUUUGGACUCUGAAGAUGGUUCAGAGAAAAUCCAUGCCACCAAAGAAAUUCAGAGCUCUUCUAGUAAUGCUGAUCUGUUAAGCAAUCUGUUUGUUGCCAGUGCAACCAUUUCAGAAGAACCUACUGGGGACUUGCUUGGGGCAGGGACAGAUUUCUUUUUCAGCAGCCCUCCUCCUCCUUCAGAUAAUGCACAGAGUACUUCACAAAGUGUAGCACACUCUUCAGCUGCUGAUCCAUUUGAUCCAUUCACGAUGUCAUCCAGUUCAGAAACUCAGAGUCAUUCCAAUCCAGAUCUGUUUGAAGAUUUUCUUAAUCCCAGUUCUGCACCAGCCUCAUCCAGUGUGUUUCCUUCUACACACAGCGCACCUCCUCCUUCUUCCAGCUCUGACUUUUUAAAUUUAGGAAAUUUGCCAACAGAGCAGCCUACCAAAAUGACAACUUCUGCCAGUCACCCUGAUCUCUUGGGAGGAUGGGACUCCUGGGCUGAUUCCUCUGGGAUUGGCAAUAUACCAUCACCACAGCCUGCCAAACCUGCAUGUGAAGGUAGCUCAACCUUUUCUUCAGGAAGCCAGUCAGGUGUUACCUCUGGCUCAUCUGCCAGCCAAGCUAAACCUCAGAGCUUUGAUCCCUUUGCUGACCUUGCUAACCUCAGUUCAAGUAUUCAAGGUUCUUCUUGUGGCUUUUCUCCUGGGGGAUUUGUCUCCAAAGCAACUCAGUCUUCAAAAAGUGGAAGCCCGUGGCAAACAAAGCCUCCAAACUAUGGUCCAUCGUGGCCUUCCCAGGCAAAAUCACAACAAACCAAAUCGAGUCCACAGACGAAACCUAAUUAUUCUGUGAACUUCAGUGUUAUUGGAGGACGAGAAGAGAGAGGCAUUAGAGCUCCCAGUUUUGCUCAAAAGCCAAAAGUUUCAGAAAAUGAUUUUGAAGAUCUGUUACCCAAUCAGGGAUUUUCAUCGAAAUCUGAUAAAAAAGGACCAAAGACAAUUGCCGAGAUGAGGAAGCAAGAGAUGUCUAAAGAUAUGGAUCCUCUCAGGCUAAAGCUUCUUGAUUGGAUUGAAGGAAAAGAGAGAAAUAUAAGGGCACUAAUUUCCACACUGCACAUGGUACUCUGGGAAGGAGAAAGCAGGUGGAAGCCAGUUGGCAUGGCAGACCUGGUGACUCCUGAACAGGUGAAGAAAUACUAUCGAAAAGCUGUGCUGGUGGUUCAUCCAGACAAGGCCGCCGGGCAGCCAUAUGAGCAGUAUGCCAAAAUGAUCUUCAUGGAGUUAAAUGAUGCCUGGUCAGAGUUUGAAAAUCAGGGAUCCAAAUCCCUUUUUUAAAACCUCAGUUUUGGGGAUUUUCAAAAUGCAUUGGCAGCAGAAUGGCGUCUGAAGGUGUUGUUUGUUGGACUUAACGUUCCUAGAAUCUGAGAGAGAGUUUCAUGAACUCAUCCUCAAGUUUGAAAUUCUACUCUUGUAGAUGGGGUGUAUUGUAAGAUGAAAAUCAGCAAAGGCCUCUCGCCAUGUCACAAUCAUAGCCCAGAACGAACCUGUUUUCCCACUCAUCUUGAUUAUGAAACACACAUAAGUGUAAUGACGUCCUCGUUUGGGGUGCAGUGGUUAAGAAGAAUGAGCCAUUCAUCCCAAAGCCACUGAUAUUGGUUGAUUUUUGCCCAAAAGGAAGACCACUCUGACUUGUGCUUCUGUUAUGUUUCCUUAGUUUGUGAUUGGAGUUUGAUGUUUAGUGCCUCUCACCUCAGUCCAAGCUCUUUAGUGCAAUGAGAAACAGUGAAUUUGCUAAGCACAGCAUUGUUACCUGAAUCUAUAGAAGGUGUACAUUUACAUCUGUAUUUUGUGUAAUCAUCCUGAUAAUCACUUUUGUAUAUAAUUAAACUGUUUUCUGAUGAUAACCUGCAUUCCUUAUAAUGAAUUGGCAGCCGCUAAGCCAGCAUUCUUGGUUAUGGGAAGCAAUGAACCAAGUUGUUUGCAAAUCACAUUUCAUGAUUCUGGACAGUGAUUGUUUGUCACAUGGAGAAACACUGGCAUUUUUAAUAUAAGUGAUUGCAUGUUAAAAAUCUUUGUGUUAUUUAUGAAGAACUUUUUGGACAUUAAACUGUAUUGCCAGGGUUUAUUUUCCCAGCUCAUGGCACCUGUAACUUCUGAUUCUCCAUUCUUCCCCAUCUCCUCUCCAAUGGAAUAGUGUGUAUUCCAUUGGUUUUAUAAAUAUGCUGAUAGGAAAAAAAAGAUUGUUCUACUUAUUUCUGAAUCUGAUCUUGAAGUGUGAGCUCAGUAUUGUUUACCAUGCUUAUUUCUGUUUUGAAGUCAGCAAAUGUGAUCUCAUUUGCAAUUUGUUAUUGGAAAAAUUUACUGUUCUUUUACUGUAUGUCUGGUCAGCUCUUGACUGUAUUGACUGAUCCAUACAUUUUAUUGUCAGAAUGUCUUAAUAAUAUACCCAGGCAAAUGGCUGUUGGCUUUGAGUACACACACCUUAGACAUAAGAUGUAACUCACUAUCUUAAGUAGAAGGACCAGAUUCGUGUCCAUUCGUAACAAAGAGGUACUUUAACAAUGACAAAGAAUUCCUUACAAUCUGGGUUGCUACUGAGUUUGGUUAAGAAUUUUCACAUACAUAUUCCAUUCUUUUUGAAAAAAGGAGGGGAGGAAAAUACGGCAGAAAGGAAAAAUGGGGCAAAAAGAGAGAAGCAAUGGAUAGUCACCCUUUUCAGAAUAGCAUGACCUGAAGUGAUUUCCUACCUUACUUUUACCUUUUUCCCUAAGUCCUUACCUCUUCCAGCCUAAGAUAUUAGUGCCAAUUCUAGCUAUAUCAGUUGCUAGCUGUGUCUGGGGUGAGAGAUUCUAGAAUUAAACACCAGAAUAAAAGGUGGGGAGGAAACCUUUAACUUCCUUCUCUCAAAUGGCAUAUAUAAGCUAGCUCCUGCCUAGAGUGGCUCUUGCUAUUAGUAGCAGGAACAUGAGAAGAAAAGCAUGGUUAAGAAAACAUUUUUGAUUUUUCAAUUAUAGGGGUGGGCGUGGUCAAGUGGGGCAGUCUGACAAGUACAUUACAAUUGCUUCAUCUUCCCAGAAUACUAAUCUGAUUUGACUCCUUGGUGAUCUCUUGUUUUUCAGACUAGAGCCCAUUUGAAAAAGCCAGAUUUUUUUUUUCCUGCUGGUUAUAUGUGGCCUUUCUUAGCUCCACAAGAACCCCAACCCCCAGUAUAGUAUUCAGGAACAGUAUCCUUCAAAUUUGGUUACAAAGUCUUGGGAGGCUGCAGUGUGUCAUAAUAUGGUCGAGCAAAGCAGUCUAAUACAGUAGAAAGAAGCUGGCACUAAGCUCUAAGAGCUAUAUGCAGUAAGGGAGCUGGAAUACAAUGAUCAGCGGGUAGGAAUACUUGAGUAGGCCAUUUGGAGUCUGCCAGGAUAGAUGAAAAGAACAAAGGGAACAAAGCAGAAAGGAGGCUGCACUGGCACCUGUAGGAGGGGAACAGGGCUGGCUUUCUAUCCAUGCAGAGCAGGAGGUAUUCCAAAAUGUUCAAUGCGGACUGUUCAAAAUGUUACCAGUGACCUUUGGACUGCUAACAUUUAUUUCCGCAAAGAACUUGGACUUUGGGAAAUAGCUGAGAAUUGUUGAAAAGAAGUAGAAGACUUCUCUUUUAAAAAAAGAAAUGACAUUAACUUGUUUUAGUAAAAUUAGUGAUAAAAAAUAGUGAGUGAAUGAAUCUAAAUAGGCUGAAAUUGUAAUCAUGUAGGUAUCAUGAUUCAGUGGUCAUUCAUUGGUGCUGUUGCUGAGUACUUCCUGCUCAGUAACUGAUCCCUGUGUUGGGAUAACAUUGAAGUGCAAGGAAGGGAAAUUUGCCUUCCUGCCCUAGUGCCUAAAAGUCAUCCCCAGGUGGGCAGAUAGGAAGUUUCUGCUUAUUUUACCAGCAUUUAAUAUAGGUCUGCGGAGAAUACUUUUUUGGACUGGGCCACAGCAAAAAAUGUCUAGUCCCUUCUCCACCCACCUCAGGAAAGUCUCUAAUCUGGGGCUUUCUCUGCUUCAGGAAGGUCAAUGCUACUAGGAGGUGUCUCAUGGAGCUGCAGGAAGCAAAAGUGUCUGAAGCUCUGGUUCUAGGUGAAGUCACCUGGAACCAGUCCUCUCCCCACCCCAGGACACAAUGUUUGGCUGCCAGGAAAGGGCAACAUAGGGAAGGAAUUUGGAAGGAGAGGAUGAGGUUGUUAGAAAAUUGGUAUGGGAGAAUAAAUAGACUUUUUAUAAAAAAUUGAAAUAAAAAGGCCUGUUGCCUUCAGUUAUUAUUUAUUAGGAAAUGAGAGUCUUUUUUGAUCCCAGUGAUAUAGGGACACUGAUAUGUUCAUGAUAGAUAAGGUCAGCAAGAUUCAGUUACAGGAAGACACGAGAUGGUGGACCCUAGCAGAUUUUUCAGGGGAUGGAGUAGGGUGAGGUUUCUUUCAGUAUUACUGAGUGGACUUAAAAGCUAAAUAAUGAAUUGAAUUUUUGAAAAGUAAAUGAAUGAGAGGGGAAUUUUGAUUUACUAAAUUGUCAGAAAUGCCCAGAUCAUUUUAGAUGAUUUGAUUUGAUUUCUUUAAAUAAGCAUUUUAUCAGAGCUUAUUUGAUUGUAAUAUUUUAUCCCAAACAUAAGAGAAUAAAUUUCUACAGGGGUGAUCACAGAAAUAGGGGUAUAGGGGUGGGGUAGAGCUAAGAGAGAAUGAAUCAUUGUUGAAUGGGGGAGAAAUGAUAGGCAGAGGAAAUAUUCUGAAGCCAAUCUUGUUUUCUAUUUUCAUAGCAGAGAAGUAAAUACUCUGGAGAGAGGUCAGAAAAUAGAAACAAAAUUAUUCCUAUGUUGGGCUGAAAGGCUUUGAAACCUAAUUUUUAUCUGUAAGCAAGUGAAUACAUAUUUAAGAUCACUAACUGGAAAAGGGAUAACACUACCCUGGUAAUCAGUAGACAAAUGACAAGCCAUAGACAGAUGGAGAAGAAGUAUUAGGGAAUUGAUGAAUUACAGCUCAGAGGAAAUUUUAAACUUCAGAGCAGAAAGUUUUCUUAACAAGGUAUGAAAAAUGAUUUGAAGGAAAAUCUGAGAAACUCUUCUGAGCUACUGGAGAUCUAGAAAAAAUCUAGAGGAGAUUGUCUCUUCUCCUACUUUGGUUAUCUUUAAUUCACAAGUGAGAACUCAUUCACUAGUCUGUGGAAGAUGGGUAUCUUAGGCAUUAGGUAUAUUGAUUGAACAGAUCCUUUGAAUCAUGGAGAAAUAUGUAGUCUUCAUAGCUUACAGCUGUAACUCCAGACCCUGAAUGAGGAAAGGUUCCAGAGCUGGUGAAAUUGAGUCACCAAUGCAUUUCUCAAAGUGCUAUCAGAUACUGGGAAAGGAGCAUUUAAAUUUACUAUGAAAUUUUUUUUUUGAGCUAGUAGCAGAGUAGCCCAAAGAAGAACAAAUAUUGGAAUUUACAUGAUGAAAUUAUUCAUUAAAAUGCCCACCAUCUAUGCUGUAUCCUCAUCUUUGUCCCCAGUUUAGAGAGCAGAAUCUCUUCUGCAUGGCAAUCAGGUGUGUCAUUGGGCACGCAGCCAUUUUGACAAGCCUGUUAAUUGAUGAACUGAUCAACAAAUAUUACUUAGACUGGGAUUUUAGGACAGUGAUUUUUCUCAAUUUUCAACAUGAUUCAUCAUGCUGUGUUGAAACAUGUUACCCUGUGAAAAUCUAAAACAGUUAACUUAAUAUUAAAAAUGAUUAGUAUUGUUCAUUAAUAACUACUUGAAUGACAUCAUGCCUUUCCAUUAAGUGCUUUAGCGAACACCUAUGUGAUGAAGGUGGGAUGUAGAGAAAGUUGAAGCCUGAAAAGGAAGUUACUUGUCUACAGACAAGUUGGUUGGUAACAGAAUUGAAAGCUGGAGCCCACUUGAGUCUCUCAAUAAGGGAAGGGCCCCAUUAUUUCUGGCCACUCUGUUUAUAAAUCUUGGAAUUGGGGAUUUAGUUACUGAAAUGCUAGUCAGGAUUUCAGAUGGUUGAAUACAUAUUCCCUUUUACAUCUGAUUUUCUUGCCUGUCCCUUUUAAAAGGUGUGUUGUUUUUUGUGUCCUAAGCAUGGGAAAAGCUUAUUCAGAUUUCCACAGAAGUCUGCAGAAAAGAAUGUUAUAUACAUUAAGAACAACAAAAAGUUAUAUUUUGAACAGUGCCUUUUGUCAUUAUUUCUAGAUUUGUUUUUGAAACAUAGGUUGAAAUUGGUGUAUUCUGCCUGAGACAAAUCAUAAAAGUUGAUCUUCCAGGGAAACUCCAUGCUCAGCAUAAAUACCUCAGUAUCCAUACAUUUAUGUUUUUAGGAUUUCAAGGGUAAAUGUUUACGAAUCUCAGAAAUGUUCCUAGAUAUGUCUCAGAACCAUUCCUGUUAGUAAGGACCAAAAGAAGGUGGAUUUUUUGGGGGGAGGGGGCCGGGGUAAUGUGCAUGUGUCAUGCUCCUAGUAUUAAGUUAAUCAUAGAAAGUACCACCUUUCUUGUGAGAGAAUCUGAAGCCUGUUGUACCCUGUGAUGGUAAGGGUAAAUUGGUACUCUGGUCUUUUCUUUUAGUGAUCUAGAGCUACCUUUAUGUUUGUGUUAACAAUGGGGCACAGUAUAUUCCAUUCUGUAGCCAUGUUCCAAGUAUAAGAGUUGGGCUAAGUUGGGUCAGGUCAGGGCUAGGGAGAAUAAAUAUACUUAUUUAAAUAUACUUAUUUGUCUGUUCUGUAGAUAACCCCAAUUUCACUGGCCAUGGGAGUCUAGGAGGAUGUUUCAGUUGCAGGGGAAAGGGACUUGGUCAUCAGGAUCAGGAAUGGUGGGGGGGUUGGCACCAGGUCACUUGUAUGGUAGGUAGGGAAUGGCCUCUGAGACAUAGACCAAUUCAUACCCCAAACCAGAAGUUGGGGAUGGAACUAAUAUAGCCCCUGAGCAUCCUGCUUGAUGCUAUUGUACCUACCUUUCUUUUGGAAGUGCUCUAUUAACGAUUUGAAUAUGAAUUGACUUGGGAUUAGGAGCAGCAUCUUGUGGGAUGAGGACAAAGAAUAGUGUUUGUUUUACUGAAGGAACAGGUGGGAAGUCCUGAGGAAGCUGAAACUUGGCUCAGACAUACUUGAAUUUUAAGAAUUGUAGGUGGUGAUGUAAGUUCAAAGCAGAAGAGCAUUUUUUUUACUCCCUCCCACUGAAAGGAAAGGGAGGGAUAUAUUGGUCUUUGUGCUUAAUCCAUACUUUUUCCAGCCAAGUUCACUAACUUCAGCUCAGGGUUUUGCUGCAUCAACAUUUACCUAUUUUUCCAGGAACCACUUGUGACCAUUCCUAGGAAGUUGGUUCUAACCAGUCAAGGAAUCUUGAACCUUGUAAUCUAAGUACUGACUGCUGCUUCUGUUGUGUGUGAUUUCUUCUGAAUGAAUCAGGCCAGUGUGUUACUGCUAAGUUUCCAUUAUUAGUUACUUGAAUUAGUGAUUACAAAUUGAUUAAUGGGCAUAUGCUGUCUUAAAGAUCCAAAGUUCAUUCAGUGUUUCCUGAUACUUUUGCAAACCACCUUCCAACCAGGGUUGAUAGGUCCAAACCACUGUUUUGGACAGAGGUCCUACCCAGUAUAUGCCUUUUCAGGUCCCUGUUGUUAAAAGCCAGCACUGCCAGUUAGUCAGUGUUUGGGUAAUGAAAGAUAGCUUUUGUGUAUAAGCUUCUUAAAAUGUCAAGGAAUUUACAUACAUUCUUUAUCCAAAAUGUGAGUUAUUUAUAUUAAAUGUGAUCUCAAAUGGGAGCCAGAGGCAUUAUGGACAUUUUGGAUAAACUUACAUUCAAUUGAAUGUAUAUUUACACCUCAGUCUAUAUAAGUGAGUAUGGGCUGAUGCUGUUGAAAUAUUAAUGUGAUAAUGGUUUCAUGUGGUGGCCAGUUUCUCUAGCUGUGACUUUUUUGGUGGGUGGAUAUUAAGAUGGGGGCUUGUCUCAUAGUCUGAUCAUCUUUCAUCAGGAAUUGCUCUGUACUAAAUUUGCUAUUGUCAAAAAAAAGUAUAAAUAUGUGUGUGUAUAUAAAAAUGAAAAACAUGAACAAAAGAUAAAUCAGUCUAUUAGGAUUCUUGGCAUAAAAUGUCCUUAAAUAAAAGACUUUGCUUUGAA